CCACCCCUCUCUUGUAUUCCACUCCUCAGGCUGAUGUGUACAUCCCGCUGGGCCAUGGCCUGCUCCGGUCCCGGACGAAGUGAGUGGGCGCUGCUCAGAUGAAACUGUUCGUGUGCUGGAUAAUUAGCUACCUGCUCUGCCUGGCCGGGCUGAGGAAGAUGUGGAGUGGCCGGUACCUGAGGAGUCACCUCAGCAGAUCCCUGUACAUGAAUAUGAUGAGCCACAGCCAGGCCCCGUACUGGGAUGGGAAUCAGCAGUGGUACUUUUGCGACACAGAAAAAUUAAGUGAUUGCCUUCGGCCGGUUUUCAUCCAGAGUUACUUAGACCAUGGAACCCAGACAUUCCUGAACAGAAGUAUUGAGAAAUCUGGCUGGCUUUCCAUUCAGCUCUACCAUUCCUUCAUGUCCUCUGUGUUCAGUAUGUUUAUGUCCAGAACAUCAAUCAAUGGGUUGCUUGGAAGAGGGUCAAUGUUUGUGUUUUCACCAGAACAGUUCCAAAGGCUUCUCAAAAUUGACCCCGAGUGGAAAUCACAUCGCUUGUUGGAUUUAGGUGCAGGGGAUGGGGAAGUGACUAAAGUAAUGAGCCCUCAUUUUGAAGAGAUCUAUGUUACAGAAAUGUCUCAGACUAUGAUAUGGCAACUUCAAAAGAAAAAGUACAGAGUGCUUAAUAUUGAUGAAUGGCAAAGCACAGGAUUCCAGUAUGACGUUAUUAGCUGCUUAAACCUCCUUGAUCGAUGUCAUCAGCCAGUGACAUUACUGAAAGAGAUGAGAAGUGUUUUGGAGCCAACUAGAGGGAGGGUAAUACUGGCACUAGUAUUGCCGUUUCAUCCCUACGUAGAAAAUGGUGGCAAAUGGGAGAAGCCUUCAGAAGUCAUGGAAGUGACCGGAACAGUUUGGGAGGAGCAGGUGAACAGCCUCGCCGAUGUCUUCCAUGUAGCAGGCUUUGCGGUGGAAGCCGUCACCCGACUCCCUUAUUUAUGCGAAGGAGACAUGUACAAUGACUACUACGUAUUGGACGAUGCCGUCUUUGUUCUUCGGCCAAUAUAGAAGAGCAAGAGAAUGGUAGAACGAUGGGAGAGCAGUUCAUGCUCUUGGACUAAGAGCCACCAAGGAAACCAUUCUCUCAGCAAGUCAAAUUCAAUUCCUCACAGGCCAAAAUUGUAUGUAUUUCCCGCAGGACUUGGUUUGGAUACAUAAAUCUAUAUGUGCGUGGGUGUGUGUGAGCGUGUUUGUGUGAAAUCUUACCCGGGCCGGGGGUGGAGGCAGAGUUGGGGUGCUUAUUCUUUUUAACCAACAGUGCUACCUUUCCAAGCAGCGGAGAAUUUUAAUGCUGCCAAUGCCAUCGUGCCGCCAGCCGGCCCUGUGACAAAUUGACACAGGAACAGGAACGAGAAGGACUUUUCUGAUAAAGUACUGAUCCUGGCAAUAAAGUUUGUCGUAUUUAAUCAACUGUGAAAUAUACGUGUUCUUCCAUGUGAUUUAAUAGUCUUGUUUGCCAUUUUGAAGCACAUCCUUUUUUUUACCAUGGCAAUAAAAAUUGUAUCAAAUGUAA